AUGGCGUCACCCGAUCCAUGGAUGCAAUACUAUAAGGGCUACUAUUAUAUGACAGCCACAUCCGGUGAUAGUACUGUACGUAUGCGUAAGUCUAAGACAUUGGCCGGACUAUACAAUGCAGAGUUUAAGAUUGUAUUGAACCAUACUUUAUACCACACGUGGGCCCCGGAGUUUCAUAUGUGGAACAGUAAAUGGUAUCUAUAUUUUACAGCCGGAGCUACAAAAGACUUUAGCUCACAGCGCAUACAUGUUGCCGAAAGUCUGGGCGAUGACCCUAUAGGGCCAUAUAAUUUCAAAGCCGAUAUUCAUGAUGACGGUUAUGCCAUCGAUCCGAGUCUUAUAACAAUUAAUAAUGGCUUAUAUUUGUUGGGCUCAUUCAAUACUCCCGGAAUGCAAGACUUGUUUAUACGUCCGCUAACUAAUCCGUGGACACCCAAUGGACCAAAAGUUUUACUGUCGUCACCUACUAAUCCUUGGGAGAGAACCAACCUACCGAUCAAUGAGGGUCCUGAGCCAUUACAACACAACAAUCGUACAUUUAUUGUAUACUCUGCCGGGGCGUGUGGAACACCUGACUAUAAAUUAGGUUUACUCGAGUUUGUCGGCACCGACCCAAUCAAUGCCACACAUUGGCACAAAAAUCCGCAACCGGUGUUUGUACGCAAUGACACCAAUCAUGUGUACGGUCCGGGACAUAACGGCUUCUUUAUGUCGCCCGACGGUAGCCAAUAUUGGAUAGUAUAUCACGCAAAUGACAAACCAGACUAUGGAUGUACUAACAAACGUACGGCAAGAGCCAAAAGGUUAGACUGGAAUAGUAACGGAACCCCACAUUUUGGUACACCCGACCCAAUAGGCCUACAAUUGAUAGCACCCUCUGGUGAAUGA